CAGGUGAUGCAAACACAAUUGGUACUUGUGCUUUGAUUGCUUACACUAUUUAAGCAUGUUUUUUGCAGCCUGUGUUUGUGGGUGUAUGCAGGAGCUUCAGUUGAGCGGUUUGGGUGGUUGUUCUGUUUGGUAUCGAGUUAGACAGUUCUCCAGUAUUCAAGGUAAUAUAUGUUUGUGUUUGUAUGUUAGAAACAAAGUAGUGUUUCCAAACUUGGGUCCAUGGAGUAAUGUAUAUGCAAUGUAAUGCAGACAUGUGUACUUGUUUAAUAGAAGUGUGUAUUAUGGUGCAUGUUGAGGUGUAUGCAGCUCGUCCUUAUGUGGUGCGGGCCGUUUAUUUUGUGUUAUGUGUACGCAAAUUUUUUUUAUUUAGUGUAUGUAUUGUAUGUAGUUUGUAGUGGUGUUGUCCUCAAUUAUAAUUGUCCUCUGUUUUCCUUUAUUAUAAUUGGGCCAAAAGUACCGGUAUAUCUAUUUGCAGGUAAGUAUGUGUAUGUUCAUAGGUGUGUUUUGUGUGGUGGGGUGUUGGUUUUUCUUCAUGUGGUUAUGAUUGUUUUAUUUUUAUUUUCCUUCUCAAGGAAGCAUAUAUUUUGUGUUUAAUUUUUUUGGGGAAGGAUACCCCUUGUUUUUUUUGCUGGGCCUUUUGCCUUUUUAAGUGUUUGGUUCUUCAUCUGUGGGUAAGUACUGUAUGUGCAUGUUCAUAGGUGUGUUUUGUGUGUUGGGGUGUUGAUUUUUCUUCAUGUGCUUAUGAUGGUUUUCUUUUUUUUUCUUUCUCCUUCUCAAGGAAGCAUAUAUUUUGUGUUUAUAUGCUUGCUCGUAGGUGUGUGUUGUGUGGUGUGGUGGUGGGUUUUUUGUGUGGCUUUUUGUCUAAAAUUAAGGUUAUUUGUUUGUGGUAAAAAAAAAAUUGUGGGGGGGGGUGUAAGUAUAUACAUGCUCAUUGUAAGUAUAUGCAUGCUCAUUGUUUUGUUGAGGAGGUUUUUUUGUGGUUGGGUUUGUUUUGCAAAUUGAAGACAUUAUUUUAUAUGCUAACGAUGUUCCUUUCCUCCUGGUGUGCAACAUUUAGAUAUGGAUUAUCCAACAGCUGUGUUUUUUUUUAUAAUUUAAAAUUUGUUGUGGCUAUUUGUGGUUGAAAAAAAUUGGAUCUUGUUUUAACACUCUGAUUUUUAAAAUUUUUAGAUGGUGUCGGCAGCAUACCUGUGUGCCGUUGCCGGCCAACCCCAACCUGCCCCUCAUCCUCGAAGGCAACGGAGGCGUGCAAGGCCUAGUAUAUUCCGUACCUGUGUCACCCUUUUUGGGAUGCCAGAUGAUGAGGUGUUGCACCGCUAUAGGCUGCCCCCUCAUGUCAUCCUAGAAACUCUCUCGAAAAUAGAGAGUGAUCUAGAGAGUUCAGCAAUACCAGCAUGGACACAAUUCCUUACUGUGUUACAUUUCUGCUCCUCAGUGUCCUACCAGAAUGUGGUGGGAGUACUGGUUGGUGUGUCUCAGGCAGCAUUUUCUAGGAUCCUGAGGUGCGUAAUAUAUGCUUUUUUAAAGCGAGUAAAGCAGUUCAUAUCAAUGCCAUUGGAUGUGGAGUCCCUAGCUGUGUUGAAGCGAAAAUUCCAUGAAGGGGGUAGUCGCUUCCCACACGUUAUUGGGAUAGUGAAUGGGACACAUGUUCCACUUGUGGCGCCAACACAUAAUGAAGAAAUCUUUAGGAACAGAAAACUGUUCCACUCUUUGAAUGUUAUGGUUGUUUGUGGCCCAUCCCUCCAGAUCCUUUCCCUGAACGCCUGGUACCCUGGCAGUGCACAUGAUUCCCACGUAAUUCGCCAAUCAGGGAUAUGGCAAAAAUUAAGACUGUUGGAAGGCCAAGAUGCGUGGAUAUUGGGAGAUCGUGGAUAUCCUUGCACCCCCUGGUUCAUGACUCCUUACAGCAGACCCACACCAGGGCCGCAAUCGUCAUUUAAUUCCGUGCUUACAGCCACUAGGCAGCUGGUGGAGUGCACAAUUGGUGUUCUAAAAGGACGCAUCCGUGUGCUCCACCGCACUGAUGGCAACCUCAUGUAUUCGCCGGAAAUGGUAAGUAAAAUUGUGGUCCUGUGUGCAAUCCUGCACAAUACUGCUUUAAGGAGGCAUAUCGAGCUACCUGAGAAUGAGGUAUUGUCCCCAGAGGAUGAGGAGCCGGGGUUGGCCGGACAUGGAGGCGGGGCACCAACGCUCAGCAGGGACAUGCCCUUAGGGCAAGAAUAGUGCAUCAAUAUUUCAGGUAUGUUUAAGUUGUGAUCACGUCACACACAUGUUUUUUGAAUUUACAAAUGUAUAUUUUGGAAAGGUCUAACAGAUUUAGUCAAUACAAAAAAAAAG